AUGUGGGAGUUGGUGGUGAGAGGAGUUCAAGUGGUGGAAGGAGUCUGCGGAUGGGAUCAAAAGCAACGGGGCAAACUGAGUGGUGGAAGAACCCCUAUAAUGCCCAGUAGGAAUUGGCUGAAAUAUGCCAAUCGAACAAGCGGUCCAGCAGAGGGGAGUGGUUACUGGAAGGGAUGGGGGGAGGAAUUUGGUUCACGGGAAUUGGCGUGA